CCAUCGUUUGAUUACUCGAAAGGAAAAACAGAAGGGCAGUCUUGUAAUGUCUUGUAAGCUCCACCAACUGCUCAGUCUCUGAGUUACAGCUUCUUCUUCCUAAGAAGGAGAGAAAUAGAAAACAAAGACAUGAACUUCUCCAUCUCCUCCCAAAUCUAUCAUCAUCUCUCCAUCAAUAACUCUAAUUAUAAGCAUCUUUCCCCCUCCAACUGUUGUUGUUGUUGCAGAAAUGGGGGUGGCAAUGCACUUCCAUUUAAGCCCAUUUCCAACCUCCCCUUGUUUCCACCCAUCUCUCAAUCUUAUUCUUCUUUGUCUCCAAACUCCCAUCUCAUUGGAAAGGGAAAUGGAAAGGGGAAGCGAUCAAUGGUGGUUGUUAGGGCAAACACAAACACAGAGGUUGGACUAUCGGCAGCGAAAGUCCUCCGUCGGAUAUUGCAGUCUCCGGGAGUCGAGCCGGGUCCCUCCUGCUUUGAUGCUCUCAGUGCUAAGCUCAUCCAACAAGCUGGAUUCAAAUUCUGCUUCAUGAGCGGAUUUUCAGUUUCAGCUGCUCGAUUGGGAUUGCCGGAUGUUGGUCUCAUAUCCUAUGGAGAAAUGAGAGACCAAGGAUAUCAAAUAACUGAAGCUGUAUCUAUACCUGUAAUAGGAGAUGGAGACAACGGGUAUGGAAAUCAUAUGAGUGUCAAGAGAACUGUCAAGGGUUAUAUAAAAGCUGGUUUUGCGGGCAUUAUUAUCGAGGACCAGGACUCUCCGAAAGCUUGUGGUCAUACUCAAGGGAGGAAAGUGGUCUCGAGAGAAGAGGCAUUGUUGCGCAUAAAAGCUGCUAUUGAUGCUCGGGAAGAAAGUGGCCUGGACAUUGUUAUAGUUGCAAGAACAGAUGCUCGUCAAGCAGUUUCCUUGGAGGAAGCACUUUGGAGAGUACAAGCUUUUGCUGAUGCUGGAGCUGAUGUUCUUUUUAUUGAUGCACUUGCUUCCAAAGAAGAAAUGAGAGCUUUUUGUGAGAUUUCUCCACAAGUUCCAAAAAUGGCAAACAUGCUCGAAGGUGGAGGAAAAACACCAAUUUUGAAUCCUCUAGAACUUGAAGAGAUUGGUUACAAAUUGGCCUGCUAUCCACUGUCCUUGAUUGCAGUGUCCAUCCGUGCAAUGCAGGAUGCACUUAAAGCCAUAAAAAGUGGUCGCCUCCCUCCUCCUGGAAGCCUGCCAUCAUUCGAGGAAGUCAAGGAAACUCUAGGACUUCCUGCCUAUUAUGAGGAAGAGAAGCGAUAUCGUACCACUGGUUAUUUGCCUGAAUGCGGCAACCUUUCUAAUAUCUCAGAGGCGGCAACACAAAAAGAAAGAGAUGAAAGGCCAAGCAGUCCAGUUGUAGAAGUUUUAACUCCCUAUGUGUCUAAUGACCAGGAAGCUGAUGAUCAAAAGGGCCCCUUUUCUGGAAUAUGGUCGCGAUCAUUGAGGGUUAAGAUCAUUGCAAGUGAUGGGUUUGAGAAGCUUGAUGUUAGAAUCCCAGCUGGGUUCUUGGAAGGGAUCACAAAUAUUGUCCCAGGCUUGGGUGGCGUAAACCUCAAGGCAAUGCUGUAUGAAGCAGCCAACGAGGGAAAUGGCAAUCAUCAGAGAGGGAAAAAACUGCUUGAUUUUAAGGACAGAAUGGGAGAUCAAAUCCAAGUCUUCUUGGAAUAGAUGGGAAAGGAGAUUUUUUGGUCUUGGUGUCACAGAUUAGCACUCUUUACCUGACAAUUGUAGUAUUAUAUAAUAUUUGGAAAUCUCAAUAUGAACUUGCUCCAUUUAUUUGUUAGCGGAUUGCGUGAAGAAGAGGCCGUCCUUGGAUCUGAAGGGGAUGAGGCAGCAAAUAUUUCGGGAGAAUUGGCCCUUAAGAAGCAUUGGUAGGUAGAAUCCUCCUGUGAAGGUUGAAAUGAGGGGAUGGGAGCCCCCAUGGGUUUCAUUGGUCUGCACCAUUUAUUCUAUCCUUCACCACAAGAGCUUGCAUUCACUAUGCUUUAAGGAGUGAUUUCUCUUUAAUAGUCAUUUUGUUGCUUUUCUGACUUGAGAUCUAAGCAUUACCUCACCAUCUUUGCAUUGAAUACAGCUCAACUCAAGAAGGCCUUAUCCUUUUCCACAAUUCCUAACGGAAAAGGGGAAAUUGGCAAUGCCCAUUUGGCCGCGUGAUCAUCUCUACUUCAAAGUUAUGAUUGUGUUAAUUGCAAUUUAACUGCAGUAAACAUGGUACUUUUAUGAGUCCUAAACCCAUGGUUUCUGGUAUGUAUUAUCUGUUGGGACAUGGAUUUGUAGCAGUGUUAACCAUAAUUGGACUGAACUGGCUGUAUGAACUGUUGGACCACAAAUCUUACCCCAAAUGGGCUGCAGUGAUCAAAGUCACCAUAUUGAAUUAGGCUUGGGCCGGACUUGGAUGGGUUUGACCGUUCAGAGAUUAGAAAUGGGUAGAUAAAUGGUGAAUGAGAGAAGUCCCCCAAAUUGUCAAAAUUCACUGGAAGUGUCACGGGGUGGUGAGAGAUUUUGGGUGUUUCUUAGUAUUGUUGGUGAUGAGUCAUAAUGAUAAUAAAUGUUUGGAGUGUUGUUAAUUAAUUAGGACUUAGGAUAUGAUGCCGACCCCCCCACAUUUGGAUUCCAUGCUAUUCAUAUGUCCCAUCCACACCGUUCGAUUUUGUUUUCUUCUACCUUGUUUCCUUUGGUUUGGAGUGUUGUGAACUGUGAGCCAUACGUGAUAUUAUGGUCAACAUCUACGAGGUCAUAAGAUUGAGUUUAUUCAAGAAUAGACCAUUAACUUUAUGAAAACUGACUGCUACAUGAUCAAGUUGAAUUUUGAUGGAAGUUUUUCGGGUAACUCAGGCCAACAGGGACUAAUAAGAGAUCGUAUUGAAGGUUUUGUUGCAGCCAUGGCACCGCAAAUGCAAAUGCAAAUGCAAAUGGAGCUGAGAUGUUAGAGGGAUUGUUGAAAGGUAGAUGAGCUCGUCGGCAAUUGUAGAGAGAGUCUCAAUCCACUUAUUUAAUAUUUGUUUGGAAGUAUGAUAUGAUGUUUUGUUGGA